AUGGGCCGGAGCAAGGGCAAAGUGCCCCGGCAUCCAGGGGAAUCCAGGAGGCCUGUCUCGCGGGAACAGGAAUCAGGGUCAGGCAGCACAGAAGGGGCAGUCCGCAGAGGAAACCGACAAGGCUGCGGGAAAACCAGCAAAGCGAGAGGGGUCUUGGAGUCUGCCACCUCGGGGGACCAGGGAACCCCUGAGGGGAGCAGGAAGCCCAGCCUGGAGGAGAAUGGCAGCAGGAGACGGCCAGGGACUGGGUCUCCAGGGGCCCAGGAGAGAAGCGGCAACCGUGGGCGCCGGCCCAGGGAGAGUCUGCGGUCUGGGGACAGCCAUGGGGGUCGCCUGAAAGAGGAGAGCCUCCCCAGAGGACCAGCGGGAGAGCGCCACCGCCGCAGGAGAGGAAAAGGGAGGGGACCCUCUGCCAGGAGGAGCCAGAGCCGCGAAGCAGCCCGAGGAGGCCUGGAUGGGGACACCUCGGGUGCAGACGCAGGAAGCUCCUGCCCGGAUAGCGAAGCCCGUGAGGUCCAGGACAGCGGCAGCCGGGGCGGCGGGUCCCCGGAGCUUCGAGCCGAGUGGGAGCAGACAGACACCCCAACCCGACGGGAGUCGGCGCAGGAGCCUGGCGAGCGCCCCCAGCGCAGAGAGGGGCCCUCCGGGGCGGCGCCCCAGGGGGUGAGCGAGGAUCCGGGGACAGACUCAGCCGCGAGCGCGGAUUGGGGAGGGGGCGCGCGGGGCCCCCAGGCCGCCCCCGGAGCGGCGAGCCCGGUCACUGAGGCCGCGGGGGCCGAGCCGGGCGGGGAGGCCACGGCCCCCCGCGCCCCCGAGGGCAGCCGCUCGCGCGCGCCCCGCAGCCCGCGGGCUUCUCGGGACGCGAGUGGCGGCGGGGCGCGGCCAGAGGCCGAGCCGCGGGGCGCCGAGCCUGCGGGAGCCGAGGCCUCGCCCUCCGGGGAUCGGCGCCGCCGGGUGGCCGCGCCCCGCAGCGCGCGACUCCGGGACCGGCUGCGGCGAGCAGCGCGGGCCGUGGGGCUCCUGCGCUGGUGGCGACGGCGGCCGGCGCGGCUGGCGCGCGAGAGCCGGGGGGCGCAGCCGCCCGCGGGCCAGGGGGCGGCAGCGAGCCCAGCCCCCGACGGCCCUUCCGAGGGCGAGGACCAGACCCCGGAUCCCAAGUUCGCGGUGGUGCUCCCCAGGAUCCUCCCGGCGGGGCGGGCGUCGAGCGGCGGCAGCUCCGAGGGGGCGUCCGCGCGCGUUCCCGCCGGGGAGGGGCGCGCGGGGCGCUGUGCGGGUCUUUCCGCGGACGGCGGGGGGCGGGGGGCCCGCGAAGAAGGGGUGGCUGGGCCCCGCCGCCGCGCCCUCCCCGCGCCGGCUGCCCCCGACGAGCCCCCGGGCGGCGAGGGCGGCCCUGGCGGGGAGGCGGGGCCCGAGGCCCUGGGCGCCCCGGCUCCCGAGCACUGGGCGCGGGGCGCGGCCCCCCGCGAGGACCCGGGCCCUGGCGCCGACGCGCUGCUGCCCCGCCUCGCCCUGGAGACGCGCUCGCGAGGGGAGAGGGGCCCGGGGCCCGGCCGGCCCUCGCUGGCGCGGUGGGAGCCGGAGGACGAGGCCGAGGCGGCGCUGGAGAGGCGUCUGGAGCUGAGCGUCGGGCCGGGCGCGGGGGGCGGGAGCCCCGGGGACGGCCUGGAAGACGCUGAGGACCUGGCCAGGCUGCGGCUGGUGUGUGACAGCUCGGUGCUGCUGUGUCUUAAGAAGAGGUUUCAUCUGGGCCGAAUCUAUACCUUUGGGGGCCCUCUCCUGCUCACUCUGAACCCCCGCCGGUCUUUGCCUCUCUUCUCACCUGAGGUCCUGGCCAGCUAUCACCCCAGGAAGGCCCCCAACACCAUCCCACACAUCUUUGCCACUGUGGCCUCAGCCUACAGGCUGGCUCAGAGCACUGGGCAGGGCACGUGCAUCCUCCUUGGCCCCUCCCUCUGUAGUGGGCACAGCGGCUCAGGGAAGACAGAAGCUGCUAAAAAGAUCGUGCAGUUCCUAGGCAGCCUGGAGCAGGAGCAGACAGGGGACAGAGGAUGCCAGCUGGAUGACACGUUGUCCCUGCUGGGCAGCUUUGGCCAUGCCCAAACCGUCCUCAACGCCAAUGCCAGCCGCUUCGGCCAGGUCUUACACCUCUGCCUGCAGCACGGGGUUAUCGUGGGAGCGUCUGUGUCACAUUAUCUGCUUGAGACCUCGAGGGUGGUGUUUCAGGCCCAGGCUGAGCGGAGCUUCCAUGUAUUUUAUGAGCUGCUGGCAGGGCUGGACCCCGUGGACCGGGAGUGCCUUUCCCUGCAGGGGCCAGAGACUUACCACUACCUCAACCAGGGCGGGGCCUGCAGGCUGCUGGGCACAGAGGACGCCCAGGGCUUCCCAGGGCUGGUGAGGGCCCUCCGGGCGCUGGGCUUGUGCCCUGAGGACUUGAGCGCCAUCUGGGCUGUGCUGGCCGCCAUCCUGCAGCUGGGGAACAUCUGCUUCUCCUCUUCAGAGCGGGAUUCCCAGGAAGUGGCCGCUGUGUCCAGCUGGGCUGAGAUCCACGUGGCAGCACGGCUCCUCCGGGUGCCGCCCGAGCGCCUGGAGGGGGCUGUCACCAAGCGGGUCAUGGAGACGCCCUAUGGCCCGGUCUCGAGAUCACUGCCUGUGGAAAGUGCCAUUGACGCCAGGGACGCCCUGGCCGAGGCCCUGUAUGCAAGGCUCUUCGCCUGGCUUCUGAGGAGGACCAACGCACAGCUGGCUCCGCCGGGGGAGGGCGGCUCUGACACUGUCACUGUCACCGUCGUGGAUGUCUAUGGCUUUGAGGCGCUGCGGGUGAACGGCCUGGAGCAGCUGUGCAACAACCUCGCCAGCGAACGCCUGCAGCUCUUCUGCAACCAGACACUGCUGGCCCAGGAGGAGGAGGAGUGUCGGCGAGAGUCGCUGCCCUGGGUGUCCAUCCCCCAGCCUCCGUGGGGGUCUUGCCUGGACCUCCUGGUGGACCAGCCCCACAGCCUCCUGAGUAUCCUGGAUGCCCAGACCUGGCUGUCACAGGCCACGGACCACACCUUCCUCCAGAAGUGCCACUAUCACCAUGGCGACCACCCGUGCUACACCAAGCCCCACCUACCCCUUCCCAUCUUCUCUGUGAGACAUUACGCGGGGACCGUCACCUACCAGGCUCACAAGUUUUUAAACAGAAACCGGGAUCAUCUGGACCCAGCUGUGGUGGAGAUGCUUGCCCAGAGCCAGCUGCAGCUGGUGGGCAGCCUGUUCCAGGAGGCAGAACCCCAGCCGGGGGGCCGGCGAGGCAAACCCACACUGGCGUCUGGCUUCCAGCAGUCCCUAGGGGACCUCAUAGCCCAGCUGGGCAGGAGCCACGUCCAUUUUAUCCAGUGCCUCAACCCCAACCCUGGAAAGCUUCCAGGCCUCUUUGAUGUGGCCCACGUGGCAGAGCAGCUGCGCCAGGCCGGUGUCCUGGAGAUGAUCUGCACCCGCAGUGCCAACUUCCCCGUGCGCAUGCCCUUCCAGGCCUUCCUGGCCAGGUUCCGGACGCUGGGGACAGAGGGGCAGGGAGACUCCUCUGACCGGGAGAGGUGUGGUGCCAUCCUGAGUCAGGUGCUGGGGCCCGAGUCACCCCUCUGUCACCUCGGCGUCACCCAGGUCCUGCUGCAGGUGUCAGGCUGGCAGCAGCUGGAGCAGCGGUGGGCCCAGCGGCGCUCCCAGGCCCUGCUCAUCCUGCACCGAGGCCUCCGCACCUGCCUCUCCCGACAGCGCCUCCGCCUCCUGCCUCGGAUGCAGGCGCGAGUGCGUGGGCUCCAGGCCAGGAAGCGGUACCUGCGGCGGCGGGCGGCCCUGGGGCAGCUGAACACCGUCCUGCUGGUGGCUCGGCCCCUGCUCCGGAGGCGCCAGGAACUGCAGCAGCCCAGGCCUUGGUGCAGCCAGCACAGCGGGGGGAUCGCUGAAAAAGCGCCAAGCAUGGACCUGGGGCGCAUGGGGAUCCCGGCCGAGCUGGCCGUCAUGCUGCAGCAAGCGGAAGGCUCUCAGCAUGCCCUGGCCGAGAGCAUCAUGGAGUCCCUGCCCCCGGAGGUGCCUGCCCGGGCCAACCUGACGCUCCCGCCGGACAUCGACCGCUUCCCCUUCUCCAGCUUCAUCUCCACCAGCUUUCAGGAACCGUCCCUGCCCCACCCUGGGCAGACACUGACCCAGCCCCUGACCCGGCUGGACGGUGAGAACCCCCAGCAAGCCCUGGAUAUCAACAAGGUGAUGCUGUGGCUCCUGAAGGAUGGGUCCCUGCCGCCCUGGCAGGAGCAGACCCUAGGCACAUACCUGGUGCGGCACGGUCAGCGCCGGCCAGGACUGCGGGAUGAGCUCUUCAGCCAGCUGGUGGCCCAGCUCUGGCACAACCCAGACGAGCAGCAAAACCAGCGCGGCUGGGCCCUCAUGGCCGUCCUGCUCAGUGCCUUCCCCCCCAGGCCGGCUCUGCAGAAGCCACUGCUCAAGUUUGUGUCAGAUCAGGCACCCAAGGGCAUGGCUGCGCUGUGCCAGCACAAACUGCUGGGGGCCCUGGAGCAGGUGCAGCUGGCCCCCGGGGCCACACGGGCCCACCCACCCACCCAGCUCGAGUGGACUGCGGGAUGGCGGAGAGGCCGCAUGGCCCUGGACGUCUUCACCUUCCAUGAGGACUGCUACUCGGCCGAGGUGGAGUCCUGGACCACGGGGGAGCAAUUUGCUGGGUGGAUCCUUCAGAGCAGAGGCCUGGAGGUGCCCCCUCGUGGCUGGUCCGUGUCACUGCAUUCCGGGGAUUCCUGGCAGGACCUGCCUGGCUGUGACUUUGUCCUGGACCUGAUUGGCCAGACCGAGGACCUGGGGGACCUGACUGAGCCCCGCAGCUACCCCAUCGCCCCUCGUGACUUAACCAAGGACAUCCCCCCCGCCCCCAGCAUCCAGGCCCCCUCACUGCCUCCAGGCCCCCCUCCAGGUCCACCCCCAAUGCUGCCUGGCAGAGGCCACACAGGUGAGUACCGGAGCCCGAGGAGCCUGGAUGGCUUCGUGGACAACCUCUUUGAGUCAGUCUUCUCCCCAGGCUACAGCGAUCUGGAGCAAGGCCAGGCUCUGAGUGGCCGUAUGAAGGGCGGGGGCUCCAUGGGGCCCAUGCAUCAGGGCAGCUACCCCAUGGUGUACCCAGGGAUGAUGCAGAUGCCCGGAUACCAGCCAGCCAUGAUGCCUGCACCCAUGCCCAUGAUGCCAGCCAUGAUGAUGCCACCCCCGCAGCAGCCACCACCCAUGCUGCCCAGCCUGGAAGCGAGGCAGCUGGCCGCCCAGCAGCAGAACUUUAUCAACCAGCAGGCGCUGAUCCUGGCCCAGCAGAUGACCACCCAGGCCAUGAGCCUAUCCCUGGAGCAACAGGCACAGCAGCGCCAGCGCCAGGCCCAGACCCAGGCCCAGGCCCAGGCCCAGGCCCAGGCUCCUGAGGCAGCCUCCUCAGCCCCGUGCCCGACCACCACCCCCAAGUCUAAGAAGCCCUUGGUCUCUCAGGAGGAGCCCGAGCGGGAGCUGGAAAGGGAGACCGCACAGGAGCCCAAAGACAGGACACCCACGAGCUUCCAGCAGAAACGGGACUAUUUCCAGAAAAUGGGGCAGCAGCAGUUCAAGGUGAAGACAACGAAGCCUCCCGCCAAGGUGCAGAUCCCCCAGGGGGCGGAGGAGGACGAGGACGAGGACGAGGAGGAGGAGCUCUCGAGAGCAGCGAGGAAGCCGUCGACCCGAGGAGGGGCCAGAGCUACACCAGCGGCUGAGGCUGAGGCAGAGCCCGCCGAGGGGCCGCCCCAGGGGCCGGCCCAGGACAGAGCUGUGGUUCGCAGCUCAGGCCCCGCAGCAAGGGAGGAGCCCAGCAAGGAGAUCCGCAACAUCAUCCGCAUGUACCAGAGCCGGCCCGCCCCCGUGCCCGUGCCGGUGCAGCCGCCCAGGAAGCCCACCAAACCUUUCCCGAGGAAAAACGACCCCAAGGAUGAGGCUCUGGCUAAGCUGGGGAUCAAUGGUGCCCACUCCCCCUCUCCGGCGCUGUCCCCCAGCCCCGGGAAGGGCCUUCCACCACCUGUGGCCCCUCGACCCAAGUCCCCGCGACGGCUCGGGCCCUCCAGUACCAUCAAGGAGAAGCAGGGGCCCCUUCAACAGCUGUUUGGCAAGGCCCCACCCACUGCCCUGGCUCCCCCACCUCCCCCAGCUCCACUGCCUCCACCAGAGGACCCGGGGAAGCCUUCAGCCGAGCCCCGAGGCUUGAGGGAGCCCAUGGAGGACCGGGGGGUCUCCACCCAGCUGCUUGUGCCCUCCGGCAGCGUGAGCUUCUCCUAUGCCAGUCCACCCUGGAAGCUCUUCCUACGCAAGGAGGUGUUCUACCCCAGGGAGAACUUCAGCCACCCCUACUGCCUCAGGCUCCUCUGUGAGCAGAUCCUCCGGGACACCUUCGCUGAGUCCUGCAUCCGAAUCUCCCAGGAUGAGAGGCGCAAAAUGAAAGACCUGCUGGGAGACCUGAAGGUGGGCCUGGACUCCCUCUAUGCCGUGGAGGACAGUGUCAAGAAGCGCAUCGUGAUGGCCGCUAGGGACAACUGGGCCAAUUACUUCUCCCGCAUCUUCCCCGUCUCGGGCGAGAGUGGCAGCGAUGUGCAGCUGCUGGGGGUGUCCCACCGCGGGCUGAGAUUGCUCAAGAUGACCCAAGGCUCCAGCCUCCACCCCAACCAGCUGAAGAUUCUCUGCUCAUACAGCUUUGCGGAUGUGCUGAGUGUGGAGUGUCCGGGUACCUCCACCCUGGCGCUGGUGCUGAAGAGCGAGCAACUGCUGCUGCACACGCCCCGGGCGGGCGCCAUCAAGGCCAUGGUUGACUUGUUCCUGCGAGAGCUCACAAAGGACUCGGGCUACGUGGUUGCGCUGCGGAGCUACGUCACCGACGACUGCAGCCUUCUCAGCUUCCACCGCGGGGACCUCAUCAAGCUGCUGCCCGUGGCCACUCUGGAGCAAGGCUGGCAGUUUGGCUCGAGCGGGGGCCACUCCGGACUCUUUCCCCGGGACCUAGUGCAGCCGGCCGCGGCUCCUGACUUCUCCUUCUCGCCCGAGCAGAGGCGCAGCCGGCACAGGAGCCGGUCACAGAGUGGGGAGCCAGGGCUGGCUCAGAGGGACAGGGCGCCGGAGCACCCUGACUACAACUGGAUCCAGAGCCAGAGUGACCACUUGGAGGCCACCAGCCUGCCCUCUUCCCCCUCUCUGCCCGAGGACUCCCACCACUACACCAUGCAGGAAUUUGCCCUGAAAUACUUCCGGAAGCCCCCGACCUUGCUGGAGCAGACAGGCGCAGGCGCAGAGGGGAAGGGCGCGGCCAGCCUGGUGCAGUACACCAAGGCCCCCAUCCCUCAGUCGCUCAUCAGCUUUGAGAACGAGGACACCAGCAGACAGGCUGUGGAGAGCUUCCGGGCUCUGAUGCAGUUCAUGGGGGACCAGCCUAAGCCCCGAGGCAAGGACGAGAUGGACCUUGUCUAUGAGCUGCUGAAGCUGUGUCGGGAGGAGAGCCUCAGGGAUGAGAUUUAUUGCCAGGUCAUCAAGCAAGUCACGGGACACCCCCAGCCGGAACGCUGUGCCAGGGGCUGGAGCUUCCUGAGCCUCCUCACCGGCUUCUUCCUGCCAUCAGAUAUGCUGAUGCCCUACGUGACCACGUUCCUGCAAGAGUCAGGCCUGAGCCAAGAGCUGGCCCGGAGCAGCCAGAAGCACCUUCAGCAGACAGUCAAAUAUGGGGGGCGCCCGCGGCUGCCCUACCCGGGCGAGAUGCAGGCAUUCCUGAAAGGGCAAAUGACCCGCCUGCUUGUAGUCCACCUGCCCGGGGGUGUGGAUUACAAGACCAACGUCCGGACUUUCACGGUGGUGGCAGAGGUGCUGGAGGAGCUGUGUGGAAAGAUGGGCAUCGCGGACCCCCAGGAAGCGGGAGAAUUUGCCCUCUUCCUCAUCAAAGAAGAAGUCCAGCUGGUGCGGCCCCUGCGGCCCCAAGAGUACCUCAACGGCGUGGCGGUGGAGCAGGGUGUGAGCCUGCACUGCAGGAGGCUCUGCUGGGAGACGCAGCUGCACUUUGACAACCCCACCUACGUCAGCACCCACUACAACCAGGUGCUGUGCGACUACCUGCAGGGGAAGCUGCCGGUGAGCGCCCACGAGAAUGCCCAGCUGGCCAGGCUGGCUGCCCUGCAGCACCUCAGCAAGGCCCACAAGGACGCCCCCUCAGAGCAGGACCUGUUGGCUUACUUGCCGAAGCCGCUGCUAGAGCAGGUGGACGUGGCCGCCUUGAAGAACCUGGUGGGCCUGGAGCUGAGGCAGCUACAAGGCUCCAGCUCCCAGGAGGCACAGAUCGGUUUCAUUGAGGCCAUGAGCCAGCUGCCCCUGUUUGGCUACACCAUCUACACGGUGCUGCGCGCGAGCGAGCCCGGCCUGCCCAGGCCCUGCCUUCUGGGGCUGAACCGCCAGCAGCUCGUCCUCCUGGACCCCAGCAAGCAGAAACCAUGCCGCUCCAUCGCCCUGAAGGACCUGCAGAGGCUCCACCUGAUGAGCCCCCUGGAUGACAGAGAGAGCCCCGGCCUGGAGCUCAACUACGGCUCAGCUGAGAGCCCGCAGACCAUCUGGUUUGAACUGCUGCAGGCCCAGGAGCUGAAGCACACCAUCUCCUUCCUGCUGGCCAGCGGCUCGGGCACUAGCAUUGCGUAGUGCCUGGCCGCACCCAAGAGGCGUAGGGGAGGGGCAGAAACCAGGAAGGGGCCUCUCUCUGGACCUUGUAUCUCCGGAGGCCACCCUGGCAGCCCUCAGGCCACUGAGUUUGGACUUCACACGGCUGUUCUGGAACCUCAUGGCGGCCAUGAGGAGAGACGGUGACGCCCACUGGGAAAGCAAGCAGGGAACCGCCUGUAGGCCGGGCCUGGCCUGGGGUGGGAGAUGCAGGAACUUGGCUUGGCCUACAAGCCCCAGGCCCUGGCUCAACAUGAGCAGGAGCCCAGGCCUGGGAGAAGUAGCUGCAGGGGAAAUAAAACUCCGGAGAGCAAAGGGCUGUGUGCAUGUUUGCGUCAGAACAAGCAGGACUUUAUUCCUCUGCCAACCACCUGGGUCCGGCCUGGCCUUCCUGACCAGGUGCCACCAGGGAACAGGCCCUGGCUGCCCACCUCACCUGGGGCCAGGUAGGAGGCAAGCAUUGCUAGGGGAACAGGGGCCCG